CUCCAGCCCCUAAAAGAAAAGUGUAAUUUGAAGAAAAGAGAACAAAGAAAUCAGAGAGUAUAAAAUCCCUCGGCUAGUCUGCACUCGGUCAGAGUUAAAGCUCGACAGACAGGCGCGCGCUCUCUCCCCGCCUUCCCUCGCGCUCGUGAAGUGCCCCGCGCGCAGGUGGUGCGUGCGGCUCUGAAUCCGAUCGGGAUGAUGCGAUCUGCACAGUUUCUCGCUGCAGUCUUAUGCUGCUUAGUGUGCAUUCAUUCUCUGCCGGUACCGGACGGAAACGGCCACAGGUACAAACCUGCAGCGGACUGGACUCAAAAGACACAUCACCAUGGCCUGAAGAAGAGGGGCCGACUUCAUCACAUUCAGGACACCCUGAGUGAAGACUCUGGCAAUAAAAGAGUACAUCCACACUCGACUCUUCCCAAUAAUGACACUGAGUUCUGGAACAGACCUCGCUGUGGAGUCCCAGACUACCCCUCACAGAAGGAAGGGAGCGUCCUUAAUUACUCAACCCUCAAAGGAAGUUUGCUUGGGGGCCGUCAUCGCCGAAAACGCUUUGAUUUGUUCGGAGGACGCUGGGACAAACCAGACCUCACAUACAAGAUCAUGCGGACGCCUUGGCAGAUGAGUUUAGAGAAAGUCAGACAAGUGCUGAGAGAGGCACUGCGGGUCUGGAGUGAUGUCACCCCUCUCACCUUUACUGAGGUCACCAAUGGCCGGGCGGAUAUCAUGAUUGACUUUAACAGGUACUGGCAUGGAGACAAUCUUCCUUUUGACGGCCCAGGAGGAAUUCUGGCUCAUGCCUUCUUUCCCCGAACUUACAGAGAGGGAGACAUUCACUUUGACUACGAUGAGACUUGGACAGUGGGGAACAGUAUGGGUACUGACCUCCUCCAGGUGGCUGCUCAUGAGAUCGGUCAUGUUUUAGGAUUGCAGCACUCCAUGGCACCAGGCGCAGUGAUGUCACCUUUCUACACUUUCUCCUACCCUCUCAAACUGAGUGAAGAUGAUAAGCGAGGUAUACAGUCUUUGUAUGGAUCCAGAAAUACAGAUGAUAAAGUAAAGACGGAAGAGAGGACUCGCAAAGUCACAGAAACUAAUGAGAUUGAAAGCACAGUGCCUGAUGCUUGCCAAACUGAUUUCGAUGCUGUAUCUAUGAUCCGAGGCGAGCUGUUUUUCUUUAAGUCGGGUUAUGUCUGGCGGAUCCGUGAUGGUAAACUCCAGACUGGAUAUCCUGCAUUGGCGUCCAGGCACUGGAGAGGAAUCCCAGGUGACAUUGAUGCUGCCUUUGAGGACAAAUCUGGAAAUAUCUGGUUCUUCCAAGGCCAGAGUUACUGGGUUUUUGAUGCAGAGAGGCAGAUCACAGGGCCGGACUCUGUACGACGACUAGGUCUAACAGUGACUGACAUUCAGGCCGCCCUCAUGUGGGGAGAAGACAAGGCCCAGAAGAUCUACUUCUUCAAAAAGGGAAGCUACUGGCGAUUCAACCUGAAGGAAAACCGCGUAGACUCAGUCCACCCUCGCAGCAUGAGAGACUGGAGGGGCAUACCGGAUGACAUCGACGCUGCUUUCCAGGACCGAUUCGGCUUCGCCCACUUCUUGAGAGGGAAGCAGUACUGGAAGUUCGACCCAGUAGAAGUGAGGGUGCUGGAGGGAUACCCACGAUAUAUUGGCAUGGAUUUCUUUGAUUGUUCAGCAGCCAUGUAUCGAUGAAUCUCGGGUACAACUAGACGGAAUUUAUCCCAAAUGUAUUGCUGAUCUUUGUCACGCAACCUAAUGCAACAGGCAGUUUUCACCAUGUUUAAAUCUGAACCAAUCUAGGUCUAGUAUUUUUAUUUAUAUCACGCAAAGUGUCAGAUGUACAGUUUCUAAAUCUCGCCACUGGAUCAAACAAUUUUUUGGUGGAUUCAAGCAGACACUGUUUAUCUACUCAAGAUGCUACAUCUGCGCCAAUUAACCAUAUCGCAGGAUCUUCUCAUCUGCAAAACAAUGACUCUCAUUUCUCAGGAAAAGCAGGAUAUUCUGGCCUUGAAAUAUUUUUCGUAUAUAUUUUGUGUACUUGGUUAUUUAUUGUUUGUAUAUUUUUGGCAGUAUUGAUAGUGUUAGGAAAGCAUAAUGGCCUUUUUUAUACCAUAUUGUGCAAUUAAUGAUGUGCCGUUGAUUACCAUUUUUUUGUCCUUAGAAACAAGCAAGAAUUGCAUUAAACAUAAUGCACUUACAGUGGAGAUCUCUAAGGCAAGUAAUUUAAAUCAGAACCUGAAGCGCAUACUAAUAACUUUUAGUACAAAUGUAGGUGACAAAAACUUGAGGUAAACAUGUACAUCAUUUAUUAAAGCAUCCUAAAAAAACAAUAAUUUAGUUCUCAGAGCAAUGAUUUUUUACUGAACGUUUUAGAGAUAGCUGAACAUUUUAUACUGUGUUUGAAUCUUUGAAGGGUCUGAAUUUUAAAGCGUAGAACCAUGAUGCUGUACUUUCAGCAUUUAGGGACUUUUCUUUCAUUUUUUUAAAAUGAGAAAUGGCAAUAUGGCGUGACACAAGUGACCUUUGGGAGUAGCUGUUAAUGUGAACGUCCGUUUAGGCUUAACUUAAGUCCGUCAGAGACUUAUGAAGACCUGUUUUUCAAUAGUGAUAAUGUAUAUUUUACAGUGCAGGUCACUGAUGCUGUUCACGUGUAUCUAAUGAAAUGUUUUGCAUAGUGUGGCUACUGAGGAAUAUAAUCCUUAUAGCAUGAUAAUGAUGGCUUUUGAUCGAGGGAAACUGUACACUUCUCAUUCUCUGUUAUUAUGUUUGUCAUGUAAUCGAUUCGUUCUGUUGUUAUUAUGUUAUUUGCUGUGUAAAUAUUUUGUAAAAAGAAUUGUAUUAUAUUUUCAGCUCCAAUAAAAAACCUCUCUUUGUUUAUUGUA